ACUUCUUGACUUGGGUUUCUUAUGUUUCCAUCCUAACACUCAUCACUCAUCUCUCUCUCUCUCUCUCUGUGCGUUGUUGGGUUUGUUUUAGAUUCUUUGAUGGGUAUUUUGGAGAAGAAAUCCAUGGCUGGGAGGCUUCUGCUAUUCCUUUUAGCAGUUUCAGCUGCUACAGCUGAUGAAGAUGUGUUUAUCGGCGUGAAUAUAGGGACAGACCUCUCAGACAUGCCACACCCAACGCAAGUUGUAGCCCUCCUGAAAGCUCAGCAAAUUCGACAUGUCCGGUUAUAUGACGCUGACCGUGCCAUGCUUGUUGCACUUGCAAACACAGGAAUUAAAGUUAUGAUAUCUGUCCCGAAUGAGCAGAUCCUUGGAAUUGGCCAAUCUAAUGCAACUGCAGCUAAUUGGGUAUCCCAGAAUGUAGUAGCACAUUACCCAGCUACAAAUAUCACAGCCAUAGCUGUUGGCUCAGAGGUUCUCACCACGCUCCCAAAUGCUGCAAAAAUCCUGGUCAAUGCUCUCAAGUACAUUCAAUCAGCUCUUGUGGCAUCCAAUCUUGACCGCCAAAUCAAAGUUUCAACUCCUCUUUCUUCCUCUAUUAUCCUUGAUUCGUUCCCACCUUCCCAAGCCUUCUUUAAUCGCUCACUGAAUCCAGUUUUGGUCCCCAUGCUUAGUUUCUUGCAGUCCACAGGAUCGUUUCUCAUGCUCAACAUAUACCCAUACUACGAUUACAUGCAAUCAAAUGGUGUCAUUCCAUUAGAUUAUGCACUCCUCAAAUCCCUCCCUCCAAACAAAGAAGCUAUUGAUUCCAACACGCUUCUUCAUUACGCUAAUGUUUUUGAUGCUGUAGUUGAUGCAGCAUAUUAUGCCAUGGCUUUCCUUAACUUCACUAAUGUUCCGAUCAUAGUGACAGAAUCAGGCUGGCCUUCUAAGGGAGAUUCUAAUGAGCCAGAUGCAACAUUAGAAAAUGCCAAUACUUACAACAGCAAUUUGAUCAGGCACGUGCUGAACAAAACUGGAACUCCCAAACAUCCUGGACUUGCUGUUAGUACUUUCAUUUAUGAACUCUAUAAUGAGGACACAAAACCUGGACCCGUCUCAGAGAAGAACUGGGGACUGUUUGAUGCAAAUGGGACACCUAUCUACAUUUUACGCUUGACAGGAUCAGGAGCAGUAUUAGCAAAUGAUACAACAAACCAAACUUUCUGUACUAUGAAGGAUGGAGCUGAUCCGAAAAUGCUUCAGGCUGCGCUAGAUUGGGCUUGUGGACCUGGCAAGGUGGAUUGCUCAGCUUUACUGCAGGGACAACCAUGCUACGAGCCUGACGAUGUGGCUGCACAUGCAACAUAUGCAUUUGAUACUUACUACCAUCAGAUGGGAAUGACUUCCGCGUCAUGCGACUUCAAUGGAGUGGCUACAAUCACCACAACAGAUCCAAGCCAUGGUUCCUGCAUAUUUCCGGGAAGUCUUGGCAAGAAUGGCAGCAUGGCAAACAUCACGGCUCCAUCGUUAAAUUCGACUAGUGUGGAUUCUUCUUCCUACAACUUCCACAGCGAUGCUUUUAAAAACAUUCUGCUGAUACUUGGAGUUGUCCUCGGCAGUGCAGUUUUCUUGUAGGCAGGUAGGUAGGUAGAUACACUUGGAAAACAUUCAGAGAUUUUGAGAUAGAUGGUGCUCAGGGGGUGCGUUGUUUCGCUUUGCUUGGAGGAGGAAAGGUUCUAGGUAGUAGUAGUAAGCAGGUAAUUUUAGACAAUUGGUCCUCUCAAUUUUGUUAAAUACAAAGCCGAAUGGCCUGAGCUUCAACUGUUUGGUUCACAUUCUUUUAAAUCCAAAGUUCCAUUUUCUUUGUU